AUAAUUUAUAAGCAGAUUCUAUUUGGUGAUUAUGCAAUAAUUUUAAUUUAAAUAAUUUUGAAAUUAUGUCACACAAUGGCAAUAAAAAGGAGGUGUCACGUUUAAUUGACUACCUGGCGAUUGUUGGUGUCAAGCACCCCAACGGAAGUUCCAAACAAAACCCGGUGUUACUUCAUAGGUACCCCGAAACCAACCACGCCGACUUUCAGUUCACCAACGAGGUUUGUUACUUCUGCCAACCUGAGGGGUGCAUCAACGUUUGUAGAAGGCCAAACAAGAUCCUCCACGAGGACACAUCGUCGUUCGUGUUCACCCUCACAGAGAAAGAUAGUGGCUUCGUCAGGUACGGGGUGUGCGUCAACUUUUACCGACCUUUCGAGAAGAAAGAUUUAGCAAAACUUCGAAGCAAGAAUCGCCAAUCAAGAACAAAGAUAAACAAAGCGGAAACACCUGACGCAACCGACCAAUUAGGAAACGGACAAAAAGUUGGAACAAUCAACAAAAGUGAUGAAACAAAGAAACAUUGUUGUGAAAUCUUAUCGAGCCCCCAACGUAAGCACAGAGCGUUCCGUACCCACACGUUGACAUCUUUAUGCAUCAUCAGCAGAAACCCUUUUAUAUCAACUUUCAGAAGAUGUUUAUUAACGUUGAAACGAAUAAUUGAGGCGUGUUACCAACGAACCAACGCCAAGAAUGGGAAAGGUUCGAAACAUACGCAAAGCAUAUGGAGUGUCCUUGCUGGUUGUGGGGCUGGCAAUGUGUCAGGUGUUGUAACGCACGAUUUACGGGAGAUUGAAUCGUGGAUAGCAAACCUUAUAUCUUGUCCUGUUCCUUUACCCGGGAAGAAUAAAGUUACGUUACAGUUGUUGCCGCCCUGCGUGCAGACCCCGUCCACGAUAGCCCUCCCCGACCCAACCCGUCUCACCCUACUCGACUUUCCCCUCCAUCUACCGUUGGAAUUGUUGGGAAUCGAACUUUGCUUGUCAACGCUCACUGCUGUUAUGCUCGAACAUAAGGUGAUUCUAAUAUCCCGUGAUUACAACGCACUCACGAUGUCCAUCAUGGCUCUCAUAAGCAUGUUGUAUCCUCUGCAAUAUAUGUUCCCGGUGAUUCCCCUGCUACCCCAAUGCAUGCCGGGGUCGGAACAAUUAUUACUUGCCCCCACCCCGUAUGUGAUCGGAUUACCAUCCUCGUUUAUUGAAUCGAAGAAACAUUUCAACUUCCCCAACGAUGUAUGGACGGUGGAUCUCGAUGCUAACAAGCUAACCCCGCCAGCCAACGGGAUGUCCCUUCCUUCCUUACCCGAACCACAAGGAGGGUUGCUGAAGAACCAACUUAAACAGGCGCUACAAAGCAUGUCUCUCCACAACUCCGAUGUUAGAGAUGAAGGGAAACCCCCCAGGACCCCAGAUGAAGAGACGUUUAACCCGACAAUAUAUGGGGGCGACGUGGACAGCGUGGAUGUCGCUACAAGAGUUGCAAUGAUAAGAUUUCUAUGUUCGUCCAACACCCUCCAAUAUUACACGGACCACACUCGCACGUUACGAUUAUAUCCUCGGCCGGUGGUGGCGUUUCAACAACACAGCUUCAUGCAGUCAAGGGCGAAACCAAGUGAGUUCACGCUUCAGUUGUCGCAAACACAAGCCGUUGAAUAUUUGGGCGAAUGGUCGUUGUCGCCCGAUAAUGUGGCUUUCCUGAGGAUUAAUAAUAACAUAUUUGAUCCCCAGUUGAUUGGGGACAAACCGAAGUGGUUUGCGCACAGUUUGUUCAACGUUGACCACUCAACACACGAUGGCAGUAAAACCUUGGUUGUCGCGGUAACGAUGGCGGACGAGAUAACCGGGGCCGACCAAUCAGACGCACCCACUGAUGAAAGUGGAAGUGAAUCGGAACUUCUCUCGGAUGAUUACUCGUCGUUUUCCGAUUCCGAUGACUCAGCAGAAGUAAAACAAGUUGAAACUGAGCAGGAGGUCGACGAAGAUGUCAAUGGUGUUGACGAUGAAGGUGUUGUUGGGGGGGAUGAAGAUGAACCACCGCCCGACCCCAUCGUAACCGCGGCAACAAGUGUGGAUUCCCCCACCACAUCGACUGCGUCCAGCGAUAGUGAUGUCACUAAUGAUGUCAUAGCAACCAUGUCACCCAUGGCAACCAAACCACCAGAACAUCGAUCACCGUUUCCCAGCAUCAAAGCCCCUCGUAAAACCUUGAUUGAUCAUCGUUCGGUUGUUCGUCACGGAUCACCGCUUCCACCCACCAUACCCCACCAAUCACCCGCCACAAAUACCGCCACACACCUCAAUAAUAAAGAUAAUCAAGGUUUCCUUAAAGACAUGUGUGAAGGUGUAUUAGGGGGUCACGGGGUCGGUUGGUUCAACAUGAAACGGGUACGUAAGUUGAUGGAAUCGGAGUCGCUGAGGUUGUUUCUGCUUCAACGACUCAACCAAUCAACGCAGGACGAGGGAAAUAAUGAUUUUGUUGAGGACAUUGAGAUUAGCAUCAAAGUUUACCGUGGAAUGUUGGAGUUGUUGAAAUGCGUGUUGAGUGGGUUGGAAUGUACGUAUAACACAAGGCAUGGGUUGGGGGGGAUGGCUUCUACAUUUCAACUUUUAGAGAUAUCGCACACACAUUAUUACGCCAAAGAAUUGAAACCAAAAGAUCGCGAAAGUUAUCGGGGAAGUAUCGACAAGUUGAACGACUCGCAACCCAGUGAUGUGGCGCCACCAUCUGGCCCGUUUGACACUCGAAGCUUGGCCGAAGAUAUCUCUAGUAUCGUUUCCAAACUUGGGACACAAGUUUCGAACAAAAGUGAUUCUUCAAGUUCGGGGAAAGAUGGCGGGAGUGUGAAGAGCGUCCCACAUUUAUCGGAGGACCGCAUGAGCCUCGCAUCGGAAUCCAUGAGCAGCAACCAUCCACUGGAGGAAAGAACAUCCGAGCUUCGGUAUCGGAACGGAAAGUUGAUUCGCGUCGAUUCUGACUUCGGGGACGACGAGGAAAGAAUCUUCCUUUAUGAGGGGUUGCUGGGAGGUGGGAAGUCGUCCUUGUUGAUGCAGUUAGAAGGGGCUGCUCUUGAAACUACCUUUAAUUUAAGUAAGGAACGUUCCAAGGUUUGGGACGAAAUGCAAUUCUGGGAGGAUGUGUUUCUCGAUGCUGUUGCCAUGGAGAGGGACGCCGUGGGAAUGGAUCAAGGACCUACGGAUAUGAUUGAAAGAUACCGAGCGUUGGGGAGCAGUGAGAGGAAACGAUUGGAAGACGAGGAGGAUCGAUUGUUGUCCACCAUGUUGUAUAAUCUUAUAUCAUAUAUGUUGAUGAUGGGGGUGCAGUGUAAGGAUAUCAAACGGAAGGUUCGUCGUUUGUUGGGGAAGUCCCACGUGGGGUUGUCCCACAGCGCGGAGAUUAAUUUAUUGCUUGACGUCGUGCAUGAGUUGCGUGGGGUGGCUGUGGAUUUGAAGCCGUGCGGAAGUCGUCACAUCCGGAAACAAUCGUUCGUCGUUCAUUCGGGAACAGAUACAACGGGGGAUGUGUUGUUUAUGGAGGUAUGCGACGAUGCGAUAAUCGUGCGCACGGGGUUCGGCACAAUAUGCGAACGAUGGUGGUACGAGAAGUUGAUCAACAUGACUUUCUGUCCCAAAACUAAAGUUCUGUGUUUGUGGCAACGUAAAGGACAAGAAACGCAACUUAAUAAAUUCUACACGAAAAAGUGUCGAGAAUUGUAUCGUUGCGUGAAAGAAGCCAUGGAGAAAGCAGCAGCUCGUCAUAAUGAACCUGAGCUUGGAGGGGAGUUCCCCAUCCAAGAUAUGAAGACGCACGAGUGUGGGUUACUUCAGGUCACCCUGGAUGGCAUCAACCUUAAGUUUAUCAACAGUCAGGGGGUUAAAAAGGUUUUCCUUGGCUUGAAGACGAUUCGCAAAUGCAACACCAUCAAAGGGAUAUUUAUCCUUGAGGAAUAUAAUCGCGACACAGAUGAGGUCACAAUACACAAGUUCAAGUCAGCGCUCGCUAACGAAAUAUGUUACGCUGUUUUAUGUUUGUUCUCGUAUGUGGCAGCGGCACGAAGGGCUGACCGCUGAUGUGUGACGAUCCCUCGACAGCGAGCAUGGGGCCACGACGUUGUGUCGUUAUAUAUUGUGUUUAUGUUGUGCAAUAAUCGUGGUGCAAUUCAACACAACCCGUACUUAGUGGUGAUGGUUACUUUUGUACAAGUUUUUAUUUUUUAUAAAAUCAGUAAACCAUAAAUUUAAUUAUAAUGUAGAUAAUAUAUUAUCUUUAUGUCGUAAUAAAUGUUUCUAAAUUAUA